UAAGUUCUAUAACACUAUAUGCUGAUGCCGUCUAUAUAUGGAAUAUAAGGAGGCGCCAACUCGCCUGUUUAUAUUAUCUGUAAUAAAAAAAAAAGAUGGCUUUUCUUGUUUGUAUGAUUUAACAAAAGCGAUUAAUUUUUCUUUCCCCUCUUUUUUUUUUUCUCUUUCUCUUUCUCAUAAAAAAUGGGAUAUAUCUGUACAAUUUGUACUGAUUUUAUAGAGAUACCAGGAGAGAAACCAGUCUCUACGUCUUGUGGACAUACUUUUCAUGACAAGUGUAUAAGGGAAUGGUUAGGAAGCGCUUUAAAGUGUCCUUUAUGCAACAGACAUACCACAGUGAACAACAUUCACUCUCUUUACUUGUCGAGCGAAAACAACCAGUCAACCGCGAACAGAUCACGUCUACAAAACAAUUUGAAAUCCGCUGCCAUUAACCUAAGACAAGCAAAAGAAGAAUUAGUAAAAGCCAAAGAAACCUUGAAGGCUGCUGAGCUAAAGGCUAGCGAUGCCCUUGCCGUUAACAGAGAAUGCGAAAAGUUAAAAUCCGAGAAAGUGGCUUUGGAAAGAACAAAAUAUAGCUUGGCUGUGAGUAUUACUGAGAAAAAUGCAAUUAUUUCGCAAAAAGACAAAUCGAUUGAAGCAUUGGAAGCUCAAAUAAGAAAACAAAAGUCCUCAACACCAAAGUGUAAUAAAUAGUAAGGAAUCUCUUCACCAACACGCUCUAAAUAGACAAGCAUGUCUUCAUCGGAACUCAUUUGAUAUACAAGAUGAUCUAUAUCAGGAAAUAUUGAAAGACAAGGAAUAUAGAAUUGCUUUGCUUCAGAGGGAGAGAGAUGUAGUUGUUGAAAAAAUUGCUGUGGACUAUUAUGAUAUGAAAGAGAUUCAGAAUGAUAUAA